CUGUGUUGGUACUUAUGUGAGUAAAUGAGGGACAGCAGGCGCGACCAACUCGAACACCCUAAAGUACCACUUUCUUUCGCCUAUCAUCAUGCCUGAGGACAACCACUCGCAGACGUCUUUUCACGCCCCGAUCUGAACUCACGCACGAACUCUCACGGUUGCAGUCUCGCUGUCCUGCGAGUCUGCCCCACAAGGCGCUCUCCUCCAGGCAGCAGGGCACCCACCUCACCUUCACUUAAGGACUGGACCCACCCACGUGACGACAAACGCGCCCUCGCCUAUACAACAGCUCGAACCCUCUCCGCUAUUUCCCCGCGCUGUGCGACGACUCACCUUCACUCCUCUCUCCAACACAACACCACCACCACUGCCGCGGCUGCAGCUUCACACCGCAAUCAUGCCGUCUGAUAAUCAACCGCUGACGCUCAUGAACAUACCGCUCGAAGUGCGACACCAGAUUUUCGGGUACGUCGCCAUUCGUGAUGCGCAGCCUGAGAAGCUUUUGCGUUAUUGGUUCGAGAAGAAGGAGGUGAAGGAGAAGACUGCACAGUUGGCGGCGCAGAACCCUAACACGAGCGCGCCGCGAGUGGUCUACGAGGGGGACCAGUUCGAGCAUGAGGAGCAUGAGGACGACGACAGCGAGGACGAUGAGGACAGCGACGAGGACAGCGACGAGGACAGCGAGGAAGAGAGCGAGGAGGGAGACAGUGACGAGAAUCCAGACGAAGACGGUAGCGAAAAUAACGCUGAAGAAGAGGAGAGCGAUGAGGUUGAAGUUGAGGCUGCAGAGCAAGACGCAGAGUUGGAUAUAGCCCACAGCAACGCCGUUACUGUGGCUUCGACGCCUACAGUUCCAGCCAACGCUCAAGGGUCAACUGCUUCAGUUCUAACAAGCUCACAAUCCACGACGCAAGACCAACAGGAUUCAGCAACUGCGGCUCAAGAUACUACAACUGCAGCCAACGCCGCAGCAUUGGCCACAGUGCAAGCUUCAACGACCGUAGCUUCAGCGCCCACUUCAGCUGCAACGCAAACGCAUGACCAAGAGUACUACGAUGCUCAUGAUGUCACAGCCAAAGAGGAAAAUGUUGAGGCGGACGGCGAAGAUGGGAACGAAGGCGGUAACGAGGACGCUGAUGGCGACAGCGAUGAGGAGAUAGCCAAGGAAGAUGGUGAUGCAGACACUGCAGCAAGAGCAGCGCAACCUUGCCAUCCAGCGCCUGUCAUUACAGCCCAUAGGAAGUGGCGCCACAUCCCACAGUUCAUGCGCAUAACGCACUGCCCUCCACCUGUCGAGCUCUUGCUCGCCUCGAAACAACUCAACGCCGAGGCUAAGAGCUGGUUCUACGACGUCGCCGUCCUCCGCAUUGAAGCUACAGGCAGCUUCGCUCACACUAGCUUUUUCGAGGAGGCGUUCAGUCAGAUCACCGAGGCCGCUUUCUCACCCAUGGAGGACAUCCGCAAGGUCGAAGUCACGUUCGUCUGGGACACUACAUGGCUUCGCUCUGAGCAAGAUGACUGUGCAGGUGCCAUCUUUCCGGCUCUGCUUCGUCAACGAGCCAUCUUUGUAACCGGUAUCCUUGCGCAAGCUCCAAACCUCAGCGAAGUUACAAUUCACUGGCACGAUUCGGCACAGGAUGAAGAGGCUGUCGAUCUCAUGAACGAUGUUCUCAUGGGCUUUCUGGGUCUCGAUGCUUAUGUCAAGGUCGAGCCGUACUACAUUGCCGCUGAAGCGAAGCCUUACAGGAAGAGCAUCGCUGGUAGACGUCGUGUGGAGUUCCAAAACAUUGUCAACAACGGUCUGGACCGUCUCUUCUAGGUGACACCCCCACGUUGACGUAGACCUUUGAUGGCCUCUGUGGUCUUUGGUUUGACGCAUCAGCGAGGCCUUUCGGAAUGGUGGCGUCCUAGAGAUCUGGUUCGGGUACAGACAUUAGGGUUUACGGUUUACGUACUAUACAUUACACAUUACUUCCUCAUACGAUUCAU